GAACCCACAUCACGAUCCGAUGGGCUUUGAUCUUUUUAAUUGGAUACGUCACUGGUUUCUGUUGGGCGGUCGCAACAACAACAACAAGGAGCCACCCAAUACUAGAAACGAGGACAGCGAACACAAUCGCAAACGAAGCUAUCAAAACGUGGCCACCGAGGCCACAGCUCCACGUCCGAUAAAAUAUCGCCGUGUGGAUAACACAUUUCCCAAAUUUAUGCCGAAUGACGCUGAUGAUUACAGCCACAUGGCAACCGCGAACCAGCGCAAGGAACAGGAAAACAACAGCAAUCACAAUGCCUACCAGACACACAAGCGUCUUUCCAUGUUCUGUACACCGCAGACGCGGCAGGUGCGUGUACGCAACACCCAAGCUACUAUUUCGGUUGAUCUGUCCGACUCUGAGGAGCCGCAGCAUAAUGAAAGCAAUAUGUAUCAAGCAUUUGCCGAUCGUCUUGUUUCGGGCGCGCAGCCCCCGCCGCGUCAAGAUGAAUUUGGACGCAACUCAUCGUCAGCGAGAAGACCAAAUUUGCUGUACUCCGAUGCCGUGCGUUUCGGUACAAAUGGUUUUGUCACCGAUCUAAACUAUCAACCACGUCCUGCUAGUAGUCUCUCUUCAUCCGAGGCACGUUUGAAUGGGCAUGUCAGCAAUUUAUAUGACUCGGGCGUCAGCAGGGACAAUAUAAUGGUGUUGGAGGAGCAACGCAACGAGCAUAAUCAGUACGUCAAUCUGAUCAAUAAUCUCACUCUUCAUGAGCGCGAGUGUGCACGCCGUUCCGGUGCUGCUCGUGAGAAUGAAAAGCCACCGCCUCCGCCGCCACUGCAGCCUAUUAGCCUUAAUAGCACCGACUGGCUGCGGGGUCUAAUCAAAAGCAAGCCCGAGUCCCGUGCGCCCCUCCGCUCCGAGUACGCCAAGCUGCUGGAUUACAAUUCGAAGCCACAACAGCAACAGCAGCAACAGCCAUUCUCACUGGCCAAGAAACCGCCGCCACCUCUUAUGCAAUGCUACGGACUAGGCGGCAGCUCCUCCAGCAUAAAGCCAGACAAGCCCGAGGUCACUGAAAUCGUAGAUGAUGAUCAUGGAAAGCAAGCGAAUAAAACACAAAUGAUGCCGCCACCACCCGGGCUGUUGAUGUCCCGGACUAAAGCGCUGCAGCUGCGCCACAGUAAAUCCAUCUAUUUUGCUGAUAACUAUACAGAUCUCUUUAAUGAGAAAUGUGCGCGUAUGCAACAGGAGGUGAAUCAUGCAAAGAAACUGGUUAUUCAAGAGUGCGGAGCUGAAAGAACAACAGAAGAGCGUCGUGCUUUUGAACAGGGCUUGCGCGAGAACUUAUCCAAACGACGUUUCAUUUCCCAAACAUUGUUUGUGCUGGAGAAGUAUCCAUUAGAGGAGGAUAGCGAACCAGAAUUUAUUCCAUUCACCGAAGCCCAUCAGCAGCGCUAUAAUGAGCUAGUCUAUGGCAGGGCCGACCAGGUACUUAUUUCCAAAUUCAGCCUGAGUAUUACUCGCAAUGAUAUUCGGACGCUAGCUGGAAGUUCUUGGCUAAACGAUGAGGUUAUUAAUUUCUAUAUGAACUUGUUAACCGAUCGCUCGCAACGCAAGGAGGGCAAACUGCCAAGUGUUUAUGCUAUGAAUACAUUCUUUGUGCCCCGGCUGCUGCAAGGCGGUUAUAGCAAUGUGAAACGUUGGACUCGCAAGGUUGAUAUAUUCAGCAAAGAUAUAAUUCCGGUGCCAGUGCAUGUGAGCAACGUCCACUGGUGCAUGGCCAUUAUCCACAUGAAGAACAAAACAAUUCGCUAUUAUGAUUCAAUGGGCAAGCCAAAUUCGGAGGUGUUGAACGCCCUAGAGAAUUACUUGCAUGAGGAGUCGUUGGACAAACGCAAGAAGCCGUUCGACACCAGCGACUUCACAAUUGAGAAUGUCCAGAAUGUGCCCCAUCAGACCAAUGGCAGUGACUGCGGUGUGUUUAGCUGUAUGUUUGCAGAGUAUAUAACACGGAAUAAGCCGCUCAACUUCUCCCAGGAGCACAUGGAGUACUUCCGCAAGAAGAUGGCCCUUGAGAUUUGUGGCGGCGAGCUCUGGAUGUAAAGUGAUGGCCGCCCAAAAAAAGAAAAAACAAAAAAAAAGAAGUGUACCAACAUUAUUAUUAACUAAGUUAGCUUCCUUUUCUUUUUUUUGUAUAAUUUAUUUAUUAUUGAUAAUAAUGCGUGUAGGACAAGUCGGCCGACGCAUCUUAAUUUUGAACUUAGAAUUAAAUGUUCCAUUUUCGUUUUCAAUCUCAUGGCUCUGCGCUCACACGAAAUACACGCACACACAAUAUCAAACAGACAGACACACACAUACACAGACCCACCCUCCCCCUAAAUCGGAAUUUAAAGAAAAGUAAAUCUAUAUUAUUUCAGUGUUGCGUUGUACGUCUUAGAGACUGUGGUAUACAGAUUUUUAGCAUUUAAGUCGUGUAACAAGACACACCUAGCAGGCGAUCUAAAACACUAUACUACAAAAAAAAAGAAUAAAACAAGAAAACUACUACUAUUGUAACACAUCAAAGCAAAAUCAACUCGUGUAAUAAAUAAA